UCAUUGAUUCAUCUUAUUGCCUGGAAAGUGUGGCGCGAGCGGAACACACGCAUCUUCCAGCAAGAAUCACUGCCUUCCACGGUGAUGGUGCAAAAGAUUAGAGAUGAAAUCAUCCUUUGGAACAUGGCUGGAGCUGUCAUACCGUUCUACCCAGGCCGAGGAAACGGCAAGGUCGCUCUCUCCAUAGAUAGAAUAACUCGCCGAGCGCUCCCUCCCCGCAAGGGCGCUCCCUCCGCCUAGCGCUCCCUCCCCGCUCCCGCCGGCGGCCACUCCGGCCCCGGCGUCCACGCCUCCCCACCGGCGGCCACUCCGGCCCCGGCGUCCUCGUCGCUUGCCUGCGCCCUUGCGGGCCCCUUCUCCUCCUUCCCUCCCCCCCUGACCCCCUCUCUCCACCAGUUGGCGUCAAUGGCUUCCGGGUCGCGCAGCCCUCCCUCGGUCUCGUCGACCUUCUCGCGCGACAGGCCGGUGGUGUCCAGUCUCGGCCUAUCUGGCUCGCCGGGGUCGGCGGGCUCCUCGUCGGCGGGCGCUGCGGUGGUCGGUCCUACGGUCCAGGCGGCCCCCGCGCCUGAUGCGGGAUGGCGCAAGACAGGGCCUUCCCGCAAGGCCAUGUGGCGCCGCCGUCGUGCGCUGCGGCGCCAGUAGGGUGCUGGCGCGCAGGAUGGUCGGAGCUCUCCUACCUCGUCGGAGCAUCGUCAGAUCCCGCAGGAUCUUUGGGGUCUCUGUUUCAGGUGUUUCAAAGAUGGUCACCGGCGGCAGGACUGCACGAACGACCCCAUGUGCAUCCGAUGCGGGCUACCUGGACAUGUUUCCUCCCAGUGCAAGAGGUCGCGCAGUCCCGUCUCGGCGGAUGAGCUCUGUCGCGCGGUGAUCUCCAAGGUUGCCAGGACCGGGCCGGUGCCGGCGUCGCUGCACAAUGUGGGGGGGUUGCUGACGGAGCCUAGGCAGGACGCACCGCGUGUGCUGCCUUUGCCAGUUCCGCCCAGCUUCCCUCCCAUGGUGCCCGCCUACACUACCUCGGCCCCGGCGGCGGCGGAGGUCUGCAUCUUGGCGCGCUCUGAGGGGAUGGAUGACCUUGAGCGCCGGCCGCAGCUGGCCAUGGUGGCUUAUGUCGGGGGAUCACGGCCGUCGGUUUCAUGUGUGGAUGCAGCUAUAGCAAUCUCUGAAGAGCUCAACAUCCCGCGCCAUUGCUUCUCGGUGCACAAAUAUCACCCGGAGGAUUUCCUCAUCGUGUUUGCUUCGCGUGAACUCCGGAAUAGAGCAUUGGCCAGUCCAUCGGUGGAGCACCAGGGUUUCAAGCUCUUCAUCAAGCCGUGGUUGAGGCAGGCUCAGGCAAAAUCCAGAUUGAUGCGUGUUUAGGUUGAUCUGAUGAUCGAGGGUGUGCCGUCCCAUGCUUGGGCCAGAUCCACAGCGGCGGAGCUACUGGGGAGUUCAUGUCUGAUUGAUAGCCUGGCACCGGAGACAGAAAGCAGGGAAGACCUCUCUCUAUUCAAGCUUCGUGCCUGGUGCGUAGACCCGGACGAGAUCCCGGCUUGCCGGAGAUUGUGGGUGCCGGAGCCGCCUGCACUUGGAGAGAACCCGGCGGAGCGCCGCCCGUCGUUUCGUCAGCUGUUGGAAUAUCCGAUCUUGGUUCACAUUGGCAGGUUGCGGGAUUUCUCUCCUCCAGAGCUCUGGUGUCGCUCGCCUAGCUCAGACGGCAACAGUGGCCAGAGCGGCUUGCCAGGCUGUUCGGCGGCUUCUUAGGGCGGCGAGUGGAUGGUGCAGAGCUGGACGCGCGGCGACUGCGACAACCGUGGGUUUGGCCGGAAUUAUGCUGGUCCGAUGGGAGGCGCCGGCGCUGGCAGGUCCUAUCGCCAGGUCCUGGAAGGACGUGUGGGGCCCUCUAACUGGUGCAUCCCACCAAUGUGCAGGAGUGGCCCGGCUGGGGAUGCGGUCAUGAGUGGGGUCCAGGUGGACUGUAGUGGAGCGGAUUUCGAAUUCGCCUCCGGUGAUUGGUCUCGCGUCAGUUGGACGGUUGGGAGCGCCAACUCGGUCCGCUGUCGCGGAGAUCGAGACCAUGGUCCCAGAUAAGGUGGUUGGUGAGAAUACAGGUCCUGGAUCCCGAGGUGGACCGACAAGCUGGCCUCUCGAAGGAUCAGGCUGUGCAGAAUCCCGAGGCUAUCCGGCCGACGACGGCUGUGGUUGUCGAGAGCCAGGCCCCAGAGUUGGUGGUGGCUAUUGUUCCGGUCGUGGGGCAGGGCCCAGAGUUGGUGGUGGAUUGCGCCUCGGAUCCGCUACGGCUCAUUGAGCCAGCGCGAUCGUCUCCAAUCCGGGCUGUGGCACCUACGAUGGUGCAGUUGAUCCCACCGCCCACGGUCGGUCCGCUGUCACGAUCUGCUGGCUGGACCCAGUUGCGGAGAUGUUGGCCACUCACGAGGCUAGGGAAUCAAUGGAGGCACCAAUGCCCAUCUUGGAAUCUGAUCUGGUGGGGCCCGUGUCUGAGGCUGGAAAGGGUGGAGAUGUGACUACGUUGCAUGCCCAUGCACGCACAGUGCCCACGUCCACGGUGGGAGAUAUUGGAGAGGGGAGCCUCAAUCUGGCACAAACAACUAUCUCUACCAACCUCUCCUCCAAAGAGCUAGCAGCCCUCACUAACAUCAAGUCUUUCUGCUCUGGGCUACUCAAGAAACUAGCACCGCCUCUAUUGCGAGAAAUCGAAGUUGCUGCAAGCCUUGGGCAUUUCCCCGGACGAGUUAGCGAUCUCGGAGGAAUCGCUUGACCAACUGCUAGGCCUUUUCAACUCACCGCUGCAAGAACGACAUCUGCGCACCAUUGCGGCAAUCUUCGGGAAGUCGUUGUCGUUGGACUUUGGGAAGGAGGGCACUUCGGAGGCCAUCGCCAUGGCCUAGGUUGUGCGGAUUUGGGAGUGCUCGUUACACCCAAUGUCGCGCGUCAAGUUGGAGUUGAUCAGAUGGAAUGUUCGAGGUUUGAACAGUCCGACUAAGCGGAAGGCGUUGAGAGAGUUUGUAGAUUCCAGUAGGCCGACAAUUCUUUGUAUCCAGGAGUCUAAACUCGAGUUUGUAUACCAGUUUAUUAUUUUGCAAUGU